GUCGAGGGGGUGUGGGGGAGGGCAAGUGGCACAGGGGGAGUCCCAGCGGCUCCCGUUAAUGAAUUAAUCUGCUAACGAGGGUGGGCUCGGCGGCCCGUGCCCCCUCCGGUCCCGGCAGCCGCCUCCUCCCCCGGAGGGGGCAGUGACAGGCAGCGGCUUCUGCCCCAUGUGACUGGGGAGCGGCUGCCCCGUCCAUGGCUUGGCCUCCCCCGGGCAGCAGCAGCUCCGGCUCCCGGGGAGGAGGGGCGGGAGCUGCUGCUCCAUGGGGAGGAAGGGCAGCCCCCGAUCCCCCCAGGCAGAGGGGGGAUCCCAGGCCGCCUCCCCCCCCUCCCCGCUCUGGGCCUUACCUGAGGAGCUGCUGCUCCUCAUCUGCUCCUACCUGGACGCGCAGGCCUUAGGCCGCCUGGCCCAGGUCUGCCGCCGACUGCGCUUCCUCAGCAGCCGCGAUGUCCUCUGGAGGCGCAUAGCCCGCGGCUGCCUCAACUCCGGCUUCACCCAGCUCGGCACCGACCUAGCUGCUGGCAUUCCAGUGAAGGAAAGGGUGAAAGUGUCUCAGAACUGGAGGCAUGGACGCUGCAGGAGGGAGACAGUCCUGAAAUGGAAAUGCAAUUUGAUGCCCUGGAUGGAGCUGGAUGGUGAAUAUCUCUACCUGUCUCAAGCGGAGAACAUCCAGGCCUACCACCUCUGUGCAGAGGGGACAGGUUUGCAGCGUCACCCUCAAGCCAUCUUCUCUGGCCACCAGGAGGACGUGUGUCGCUUUGUUCUUGUCAACCCCCACAUUGUCAGUGGAGGGGGAGAUGGAAGUAUUGUCCUUCACAAGAUCCAUGGCUCCUACAGUGUCAAGUUCUCUGCGCAUGAACAGGAGGUGAAUUGUGUGGACUUCCAAGGUGGCCUCAUUGUCAGCGGCUCCCGGGACCGAACAGCGAAGGUUUGGUCCCUGUCCGCGGGCAGAGUUGGUCAGUGUCUACAUACAGUGCAGACAGAGGAUCGAGUGUGGUCCAUUGCUAUCAGCCCAUUAUUAAGCUCAUUUGUGACAGGGACAGCCUGCUGUGGACACAUCUCACCUCUGAGAAUCUGGGACCUUGAGAGUGGUCAGCUGUUGACCUGUUUAGGGACUGACUUCCACCGUGGAGCUGGAGUCCUGGAUGUGUUCUACGAAACGCCCUCCCUUCUCCUUUCUUGUGGGUAUGACACCUACAUCCGCUACUGGGACAUACGGACCAGCACCAGGAAGUGCGUCCAGGAGUGGGAAGAGCCCCAUGACAGUGCCCUGUACUGCAUAAGGAGUGAUAAGAACCAUAUGAUUGCCAGCGGCUCUUCCUACUACGGUGUGGUGCGCCUCUGGGAUAAGCGGCAGACUCAGUGCCUGCAGAGCUUUCACCUGUCUUCACCCACCAGCAGCCCAGUGUACUGCCUCCGUUUCAGUACCACCCACCUGUACGCUGCCCUGGCAUCAGCCCUGCACGUCCUGGACUUCACAGCCUCGUGAAGGGCACCACAGCUGCUUCUGGUGACCCCACCUCAGCAGAGCUGACACUUGGCUCAGGGAAUUGCAGGGCAGGAGAGGUGAAAAAGGCCCACAAGGCUUCUGAAGGGACUUUUUUUCCUGCCAGAAAGCUACAAUGAAGAGUGCACAAAGGGCCAAACUUUCUCAACCUUACCUGCCUGUUAGUGAAAAUAACAGGCCAAUUGUCCUUUACCCUUUUUAUUUUAUGCAAGUCGGGAAUUGUUUUAUUAACUGUGUUCCUUUUUUUCUUUUCCCUUUGUUUUUUUUUCCUGUGGAUACAUCAUUUGAGGGGCAAAUUGAGCCAGGAUGCCCCAUCAGCUGUGUGCUGGUCAGUUUGAGAUCAGCCAAGCUCUAAGCAUAUGAAGUAAGACUAGGCUGUGUGUGGGGUGAACUGAUUUGGUGGAAGGGAAAGGUGCCUGGAGCGAGGCCCACCUUUCUCCUUAACUGGCUGUUCUGACAGCUGCUUGUGUUGUCCUUCACAGCCAAGAGUAACAAUUGAGCUAAAAGGCAGAGCCAGCCCUGCUUUCAGUGUGCCUCCCCAAGUUGGCCAUCAGGUCAGGCUAUGCACUUGGCAGGGCUGAAAUGGUCGUGUUUUGCUAAAUAAAACUGAAAGGAAAC